AUGGACCCUCCACUCAGAAUGGAUCCCAAAAUGGAUCCUAAAAUGGACACCAGGAAGAUAAGUGCCCAGCGUCUUCCCCCGCCUGUCCUCUUCCAAGGCCCGCCGUCACAUAAUGCCUCCAACCUCUCUCUUCCCCCGCCGGUAUCCGCUGUUCCGACGACGGGAGCCUCUCCGCGGCCGCCUCUGCAGCGCAAUCGCUCCUCCCGGGCAGGAACCCUCGAGGCUCCAGGGUCCCUCUCGCCAUUCCUGACUCGCAAACAGUCUAAGGGGGAGGUGGACGGUUCCGAAGCCAUAUGGCAGGAGAUGCAGAGCGCAUUGUCCGAGGUCGAGCUGAGCGCGGCAACGGGCGAACAUGUCUUUGGGGAGAAACACUCCGAGGCGUUGGAAGAUCUCCGGACAAAACAGCUGAAGCUUGCGCAGGCGUGGGCGCGCAGCGAAGCCGGGGAUGAGGUUGUGGAAACAAAAGGUGCUGCCGCUGCUGCUGCGGCCACGGCAAAGAGUAAUGCGUCGCUGCGACCAGCGUCGCGAAGCACGGCUGGACCGGGUGAUUCUGCUAUUCCUGAGGAUGGCUCCUCGCGGAAUCUGGAUGAGGAGACGGAAAAGGAUAUUCUUCUCGCGCGAGAGAGACGGGAAGCUAAUGAUCGAUACUUUGAUCGGGUUAAUAAUGGUGUCUUGGAUGUGGUGGCUAAGCUGGAGGAAGUCGCUCAGGCUAUGCGCGCGGUGGAAAGAGAGAGCAAAGACAUCUGGAGUGAUACUGAUAGCAUGAGUACCACGACGCAGACCACGACUGAUACUGGGUGA